AACAUGCAGAGUCUGGAAGUUGAUCACAUGAUCAGCAGCUGAACUUUUUCUGUCUUUAACUCGUUUCCAGCUUCCAGCAGAAACACAUCAGAUCUCAGUGGAACAUGAAGAACCUGCAGCAAAGAACCGAGAUUUACAGAAGAAUCCAGUUUUAGACUCUGCAGAAAACUGGGGAGGAACCAAACGACACCAGAGCUUCCUCUUACCGUCUGCUGCAGAAGUUGGUGGUCAGCUCUCGGUCCGGUUCUGACCGUGCAUCAACACCACAUUUCACCCGUCUAAACAGAAGCAGGAAAUGAACAUGGCGACAUUUGAAGGCGACGAUCAGAUGGAAGAUGAAGAACCUGCAUCUGCAGCAAAGAGUCGGGAUUUAAAGAAGAAUCCAGGAGGAAAAGUUUUCCGUCUGCUUCUCCUGAGCUUCGGACUUCUCUGCAUCCUCCAAUCUGCCCUCAACAUCUCACUGCGUCUGACUUCCUAUUGUUCCCUUUACCCUGAGGACUGUGACAAAAACCUGACCGGACGCCACAGCCAGGACUCUGGCACUGACCCCGCCGGGGAACCCGACCAGAACCCGACUUCACAACCUGCUGGGGAGGCGCUGAAAGCCCAGAUCCAACAGAUGAAAGGGCUGUUAUGUGUUUUUGGCAGCAAGGCAGGACAACUGGACGUGGAUUUAAAAGCAUUGCCCAGUUCCUUCAAACAACAGUUGGCUACAUUUUGUCCAAGCAUCUACUACUUUUCCUCUGCCAGGGAAACAUGGGGUAAAAGCAGAAAUUAUUGUCUGGAAAGAGGAGCAGACCUGGUGAUCAUCAACAGCAGAGAAGAGCAGAACUUCCUGAGUCGGUUCAAAGAGAGGUUUUGGAUCGGACUGACUGACACUGAAAAGGAGGGAGAAUGGAAAUGGGUCGACGGGACUCGACUGGACACCAGGUCAGUGGUCAGAGGACCUGCAGGUCCAGAUGGGAGAGAUUACCGAGCUGAGAGGCUGACGACAGUCUGGUUUAAAUAUAACUCUUUUAAAGACUUCACCACAUUUUUAAAUGUUUAG